UCUUAUCUAAAAAAACUUUGUUUUUUGACAAUAGGAACCCCCAGUUCAAAUCGUAGGCCCGCCACUGCUUCCCUUUUUUUAUUCAGAAAAAGCAUGUUAACACAAGAAGAGCCUCGCGCCCAAAUUUAAAACUGUCCGUAUUUAGAGAGGAUGAUUGAAACCCAAAUGGCAAGUGCUAGGAGCACACUACUACACUUGCUCCAUGAAUGCAAGAACAUGAGAGAACUUAAACAAAUCCAUACCCAAAUCAUAAAGUCUCCACUUUUACCCAAAGAUGACCAAAAUUUUCUCAUUACUCGUCUCCUUUUCUUCUCAGCCAUUUCUGAUUCGGGUUCUCACGGCUACGCCAUCGAUGUUUUUCGAGCCAUAGAGAACCCGAAUCUCUAUGUGUAUAACGUCAUGAUCAGAGCAUAUGCGUGUAGAAAGAUCGGCUGCAGGGAUGAAGCUCUUUCUUUUGGGUCCUUGUUGCUGUAUAAGCAGAUGCUCUGUGAUGGGAUUUCGCCGAAUUGUCUCUCUUUUCCGUUCCUUGUGAAAGAAUGCACGAGCAGGGUUGAUGGCAGCGCAGGAAGGAGCAUCCAUGGUCAAGCCGUUAAGUAUGGGUUGGACAGUGAUGUUUUUGUUCAGAAUUCUUUGAUGAGUAUGUAUUCUGCAUGCGGGUUUUUGAGUAGUGCACGUAAACUGUUUGAUGAAACGCCGGGGAGGGAUGUUGUCUCUUGGAACUCGAUGAUUAAGGGGUAUUUGAAAAGUGGGAGUCUUGAUGAGGCAUUGAAGCUGUUUCGGAAGAUGAAGAAGAGAAGCAUUUUUACUUGGAAUUCCGUGAUCACAGGGUUUGUUCAAGGUGGACGACCAAAGGAGGCCUUGGAACUUUUUCAUGAAAUGCAGAUCACCGGUGGUGAUAUAGUUAGACCGGAUAAGAUUACAGUUGCUAGUGUACUAGCAGCCUGUGCUCAUCUUGGUGCAAUUGAUCAUGGGAUAUGGGUUCACGGGUAUCUGAGGAGAAGUGGUUUGGACAGUGAUGUGGUUAUCGGGACAGCACUGGUUGACAUGUAUGGUAAGUGUGGAUGUGUGGACAAAGCAUAUGAGGUAUUCCAGGAAAUGCCAAAGAAGGAUACCCUGGCAUGGACAGCUAUGAUUUCAGUGAUGGCUCUCCAUGGGUUUGGUAAUGAGGCUUUUGGUCUUUUUAAACAGAUGGAAACGACUGGGGUGAAGCCGAACCAUGUGACAUUUGUUGCGCUAUUUUCAGCUUGUGCUCAUUCUGGUUUUGUAGAGAAAGGUCGCUGGUGUUUUGAUGCAAUGAAGCAUGUUUACUUAAUUGAACCACAGCUCUAUCACUAUGCUUGCAUGGUUGAUAUACUCAGCCGUGCCGGGCUGAUUGAAGAGGCAGAACAGUGUAUAAGAAGUAUGCCAAUGAAACCAGACACAUUUGUUUGGGGUGCAUUACUUGGAGGCUGUCAAAUACAUGGAAAGGUGGAGUUAGGAGCAAGGGUGGCACAGUAUUUAAUUGAUUUGGAGCCUCUGAACCAUGCUUUUUAUGUGAACUUGUGUGAUAUAUAUGCCAAAGCUUGUAGAUUUAAUGACGUAAAGAGAAUCAAGUCAUUAAUGAAAGAAAGAGGUAUAAAAAAGGAAGUCCCGGGCUGUAGCAUGAUUGAAAUCAAUGGGUUUGUUCUUGAAUUCUCCGUGAGAGGAUCACCAAACGUCGAAAUGGAGGGAUUAUUGUGGAUCUUGAAUCAGUUGAAUAACGAUAUAUCUAGAGACAAAGACACAUUCUUCAGGGAAUCACUGUAAUGAGAGAUAAAAAUUCAGUACAUGGUGGUCUAUUUGUUUACCAAAGAAAUCUUUCUUACGCAUGAGAACUAUAAUUUUGCUUAUGGAUUGAACUCAGUUGCUGGAAGAAUUUUCCCGAGUUAUGGGGUGAGGGCAUGUGCCACAGCAAUUUGGCCAGCCAAUGUGUGUUGUGCUCACCAUGGAAUACAAAGCUUGCAGCCAACUGUCGGAUGCUAUCAUAGGAUGCGAAGACUUGUCGGAUGAUACUUGGUCAGAUGGAUUUAGUGUCAAAAGGGGGGAUGGCUCAACGAAAUAUCUAUUGGGUGAUGAUGCAGAAGUGGUUCCGGCCAGAUAGAUGGCUCAACGAAGAUGGCCAUUUGCAUCAAGAAAGCCCUUUCAAAUUCACAGCCUUCCAAGUAAGAAGGAAAAUAUUGAUUGCAUUCAUAUCCAUCGCACAUCCUUUGAACACAGGAAUGCAAAAUACUAAGAGAUUUUGUGAUUCUACGCCGGAGAGUUCAAGAAUCUGUAUUCGAAAGAAAUUCAGUUAUAGGGAGAUGAAGAUAUUUUCUGCUGUGCGUUUAGACAGCUUCAUAUUCAAGCUAAGUGAUGAGGAGAAAGCGUCAACUGCAGGACGAUGGUCACCCUGCACGUUGAUGGGGGCCUUUAUGUGCAUUCUUCUAAAAGAUUGUGGUAUUUAGUUUACUACUUAACUCUACUGUAUGCAGUGUGUUGCUCACUUGCUCCUCAUCAGUGUCAUCACUAUACAAUUUAUGUACACUUUACUUAUGGUAUCGUCAAUGGCAUAAGCAAAUGUUUCCUUCUUUACUUC